AUGCCCAGAGUCUUCUUCAUUACUGGUACUUCCACCGGAUUCGGAAACCAUCUCGUCCAAGAGGUCCUCGAUAGAGGCGAUAUCGCCGUCGCAACUGCUCGUAAGCCUGAGACUUUAAAGUUCAAGGGGACAAGUGAAAAGAACUUUCUGGCCCUCAAACUUGAUGUAACUAGUCAGUCUGAUAUCGAGAAUUCUUUCAAAUCCGCAACCGAUAAAUUUGGCCGCGUCGAUGUAGUCGUCAACAAUGCAGGAUACGGCCUUGCAGGUGUCUUUGAAGAAAUCAGUGAGCAGCAAGCUCGUACUCAGAUGGAGGUCAACUUCUUCGGUCUUCUUGCCGUAACCAAAAAGGCAAUGGAGGUCAUGAGAAACCAAAAACCAUGUGGCGGCCUCAUUCAACAAGUCACUAGUAUUGGAGGUCAAAGAGGCGUGCCUUUUUUCAGCGUUUACUGUGCAAGUAAAUGGGCUGUCGAGGGCUUUACUGAAACCAUCAGUCAAGAAGUGAAGCCAGAAUGGAACAUCAAGUUCACUUGUGUUGAACCAGGUGGAUUUCGAACUGAUUGGGCUGGAAGAUCUAUGCAAUUUCCCGAGAAAGGACACCCUGCAUAUGAUCAUCUGAAUGCCAAAGAAGCAAUGGAAAAGAGGAACGGCACUCAAGCUGGAGAUCCAGAGAAAGGUGCGAAGGCAAUGUACAAGCUUGCUACACUCUCAGAUCCACCUUUGCGAGUAGUGAUUGGAAGUGAUGCUUAUAAGGCAAUCAUGGCGAAGAUCGAGGCGUAUGGGGAGAAUUAUAAGAAGUACGAAGAGAUCUCUAAUAGUUGUGAUGUUGACGAAUGA